UUUAUCAGAUGACUGUGAGCAUAGAACCUAACACGGACGAUAAGGUUCUCCGAAUAUUUUUCAUUAGACACGGCCAGACGGAUCACAACCUCAAGAAGAUUCUCCAGGGCCACGUCGAUGUCGAUAUCAAUGCCACGGGCGAAGAUCAGGCCGAUAAAGUAGGUCAGAUGCUCAAGAUUGUGAAAUUUGAUCACUUUGUAUCUUCUGAUUUGAUCAGAUGUAUCAAGACCACCAAGGAAAUCAUCAAGUACCAGGACCUUGAUGAUUUCCGUACCACCUACAACUUGAGAGAACGGGAAAUGGGUAAGGUUCAAGGCAUGUACAUCAAAGAUGCUCUCGCGCAGUAUGGUGAUGGGUUUAGAAAUAUGGGUGAAACGUCAGAAAAAUUGCUCGAGAGAGUCAACAAGGAGUUCGACACCAUUUUAAAAGAAGCCAUAAUUAGAGGUAACAAGAACGUUGGGGUUUGUACUCACGGAGGAGUUUUAAUCCAAUUUUUUAAUCACUUAUACAAAGAUAAACACUAUAAAAUGAACACAAAGUUGUUGCCCGAGGACUUGAGGGUCCCCUUCAACACCUCCGUUUCAGUGAUAGACUUAGACAAGGCGACUGGUGAAGGACUUAUCCAGGCAUUUGGUGAUACCACACAUCUAGGUGCUGAUUUGAAGGUUAACAAUCAGUUGUUGCGAUAAGAUUUAAUAUAUUUUUAACUAGAUUCUAACUUCUACGGUGUUAGACCUCGAAAACGAAGCAUAUCUAUGGAACGGAUCAUUUCUCUCUAACUCAUAUUCAGGGUUUUGCACCUUCUUUUGCUGUCUUCUCUUGUAGACUCUUUUAGUCCACUUCCAAGCUUCUGCUCCCAAG